GAUGGAGGGGGCGCGCGCGCGGGAGGCAGGCCACGCCCCCUGGCGAGGGCUCCGCUCGGACCGUGGUGAGAGGCGAGGCGAGGCCGCGGGCGGAGGAGGCCGGCAGGGAGGCCGGAAGAGGAGGCGGCGGCGGCCGGGCGAGGAGAGAGGGCCCGGCCUGGGCACGCCCCCCCGCCCCCCCGGCCGCGCGGAGGAAGUUGGAGGCUUGGGAGGAAGGAAGGACUCUUCAGAUUCUGCCGCAGCAAGGAAGUCAGCAUGGCUGGGGCCAGGGCCGCCUGGCUGCCUGCAAGUUCCCGGAUGCGGCAUGUUCAGUGAAAGCAGCAAGAAGAAGGUGGAAGGAAGGGACCUGAAGCAACUCUUUCGAAAGCCCGAGACCACGAGUGCUGGGUCUCCUCAGCAGAGCAAGGGGGCCUCGGCCAUGGAGGACAAGCGCAACAUCCAGAUCAUAGAGUGGGAGCACCUGGACAAGAAGAAGUUCUACGUCUUUGGCGUCUGCAUGACCAUGAUGAUCCGGGUCAGCGUGUACCCCUUCACGCUCAUCCGGACGCGGCUGCAGGUGCAGAAGGGGAAGAGCCUCUACAACGGCACCUUCGACGCCUUCGUCAAGAUCCUCCGGGCGGAAGGGGCGGCCGGCCUCUACCGGGGCUUCCUGGUCAACACCUUCACCCUCAUCUCGGGCCAGUGCUACGUCACCACCUACGAGCUGACCCGCAAGUAUGUCUCCCGCUACAGCGACAGCAACACCCUCAAGUCGCUGGUGGCCGGGGGCUCGGCCUCCCUGGUGGCCCAGAGCAUCACCGUGCCCAUCGACGUGGUCUCCCAGCACCUGAUGAUGCAGCGCAAGGGCGAGAGCAUGGGCCGCUUCCGGCUGCAGCCGCCCCAGGGCAAGCGCUUCGUGGUCUUCGGCCAGACGCGGGACAUCACCACCCAGAUCUUCAAGGCCGACGGGCUGAGGGGCUUCUACCGGGGCUACGUGGCCUCCUUGCUCACCUACAUUCCCAACAGCGCCGCCUGGUGGCCCUUCUACCACUUCUACGCAGAACAGCUCUUGAACCUCACGCCUAAGGAUUGCCCGCAACUGCUCCUCCAAGCCAUAUCUGGGCCCCUGGCCGCCGCCACAGCCUCCACCCUCACCAACCCCAUGGACGUGAUCCGGGCUCGCGUGCAGGUGGAAGGCAAAAGCUCCAUUAUUCUCACAUUCAAGCAGCUGAUGGCAGAGGAAGGCCCGUGGGGCCUCACCAAAGGCCUGUCGGCCCGCAUCAUCUCUGCCACCCCGUCCACCAUUGUCAUUGUGGUGGGUUACGAGACCCUGAAGAAACUGAGUCUCCGCCCAGAGCUGGUGGACUCCAGGCACUGGUAGUGAAGCUGCGGGAGGGAGAGAUGGACUUCUCUGGAAUCUCUUGGACCAGGCCAAAGCGAGCCGCGUUGUGGGGGCGGCAGCAGCUGAGAGCUCUCUGGCCCUGUGAUGUGGAGCCGGAUGGCGUGUUGGUGAGAGCGCCAGGGGCCCUUUCCUCCAGCCCCAUCUGACUGACACCACCCUUCGGACUGGAAAAGCAAAGCCUAAUGUGUAAAGAACUCAGAACUCUCUUCAUUAACUUCUUAUGUGAGUACAGUCUGGCAUGUCCCCGAUUUCCACCCUUUUUCUUUUUUAAAUUAAAACACUUAAUUGAAGCAAAGUAACACUUUCUUCUCAAAACUGAUGUUGAUGUUUAUUUGUUAAAACUUGUUUUGCCAAAUCCCCACACCAGGGGAGGAAUCCAAUAGCACUAGUGCCCCCUGCCGGAGGAUCUGUUCAUUCCAGCAGUGGACACUCGUAAAUGGGAAGUCCUUCAUUAAAAACAGUUCAUCUCCACCCCAUUCCCCAAAGUUCUUGCGGGGGCCCGGGGUGGUGUUCCCAGCGCCAGGAGCUAUUUUAGAAAGAAACCACUUUGAGCAUCCUGACAAGACCUGUACAUUUCCCCCACUCUGGUUUGUAUCUUGUGGGUAACUCUCUUGCCAAUCUUCCAGUAUUGGAGCAUUUGUUUUUCCUUCUGGCUGCAUCAAAAGUGAUUUGAAAGGAAGUUCCUUUCUAGUCCGCAGCAGUUGUGGUGCACAAUUGUACUUCUGUGUGGUGUGUAUGUAAAUAUCUAUAUCUAUCUCUGUCUCUUCUGAGGAGGGUGGAAUUCUAGUCUCCUCUGGGGAGGCCCCCAUUCUGUGGCCUUUGCAAAUGCCAGUGUAAAAGCAGUGACGGAUCCCCACCCAGCCUUUCAGCACCAAGGAAUCCAAUGAUUCUCUGCCUUGGGUGGGCUUCAUCUGAGAGGCUGUGGGGCUUGUGCUGUGAAAUGUCUUGCAGCAUUGCCGCUUCUUGGUCACUUCCUUGUGCCAGGGAUCACUGAACUAGUGUGGUGCUAACAGAUUGGACAGGAUGCCAGAGAGGGAGGCAGUGGUCUCCAUCCCCUUGCUGGAGACAGAGCUGGGAGGGGGCUGGGCAUUCAGGAGCUUGGCAGGCCCCCCCGUCUAUGCUCCUGUCUGGGAGCUGCAGUCCCAACAGCAGCUGCAGCCCCUCAGGCUGGCCACCCCUGCUUUAGAGGGCAGCGUGGAGGGUGGUCUUCAAAAGCAACCCAGGGUUGCCGAGUCUUUGCACUUUGCUUGCUCUGUGUGUGUGUAUGAUGUGUCCAUGUGCAGCUGUUUCGGCGUGGGUCAGUUGACGUGUGUGCCAUCGCUCCGGAGGGCGAUCUCCAGGGCCGGUCCUCUAUCGAAGCUCGCGACGGCCCCAAGGUCCUUGCGAGAGGCCUCUCCACAGCCUCAGAAGUGGCUCCCAAGGAGCCUGACCUCCCCCAGCAGCCUCUAUGCUGCCUGAUUCAGUGCAGCCUCUCCCCCACCCCCCCGGGAUGGGAAGGGGGAAAGGCAGAAGUCACAGAGGGGCGUGCUGAGGGCAGGGCCGCCUUCGGAGUGUGGUCAAGCUGAAAAGGAACUGCAGCAGUGGACAGGCUGCGUGCACGUGGCAGGCCGGGCACCCCACCCCAGCAGCUGCCCAGGUAGCACUGCGAACAGGCCUGUGUGGGGAGCGGGGUUGUCUUUGUGCCACCAGGUUUUGGCCACAGAGGAGCCUUGGCUGGGUUUCUAAGCAUGCUGUAAUUCGCGGUGUCUCCCCAGCAUGUGAGUGUGUGUGUGUGGGGGGCGGGGGGUAUUAGCUUGGGCCAUAAUGGGGAACUGGAAGACUGGCCUGCUGCUCAUGUUCAAACGUGUGUUCGCCCCCCUCCCUCCCCCACUCUGCAGGCCCUAAACGUGAACGGUGGUGGAACUCCGCUCUGGGUGUGUGGUGGGCACACACUGGAUCUGGGCCUACUCCCUCCCCACCCCGGAUAGCCCACUGCAGUUGAAUCCACCCCACACAAAGGGAGGACUGGUGUCCAUCAGUGUAGGGGAGGGAAAAGGUGCUGCACACUCCAUGUAGCCCCCGCAGUCCUGAAUCCAAGCCAUCUGCUGCCCAUCCAUUUCAGGCCAUGUGUCUAGCUCUCAGUGAGGUGGCAGACUUGUCUCUAGGCUGUACCACUGCAGGAGCUCGCCUGAUGAGGACCUUACCAAAAAACUUAAAAAUGAGGGCAGCAGCACGUACAGACCUGGCAGAGCAGUGAAGCAGGUUCUGGCCUGGCUGUCUGACCCCUGAGUUUCCUAUGAGCAGGAGUGUUUUCCCCCUAACCGGGUGAGCUUCCGCCUGUUGUCUGAAGUGGCACAGCCCACAGCACAAACCAGCCACUGAGGGCUAGGCCUUUUCAUGUGCGCUGGGGCGAACUGGCGGCAGGCACUGGGAGUGCCACAGAAACUUGGAGUGACCCGGCAGAUACAGGGAGCAAAGCUGGCCCCACACUCAGGCCCUCUGGCAGACUGCCUGUGCUCCUGGGACUGCUCAGGGUCUGGCCUCCACCCAGAUAGGCUGGCUGAGUUGGGCUUCUCUCUCUUGCUUAAAAGUGGCAGCCCAGAAGCUUUUGUUUCUCACUCUGGAUGUGGGGCCUGCGAGUUGCUCAGUCCUCCCAAACCCUUGGCUUUAUUUUGUGCAGGCUGGUCUUUGAGAGGUAUUUUUGCUGAAGUUCACGAGGGGUUGGUGUGCUGGUUACACCUAGUGGUGUCACUCUUGGGCAUUGUGGCUAAUGAUUUUAUAGGUUCCAGAUCCAGAGCCUUGGUGAGGUCUGGAUGGCUAAAUCCUGCCCGCUUUGAGAAGCUGCUUGGAUGGUUUUGCGGUGGUCCGUGUUACGCCCCACAGACCUGUGCGCAAAGCCUUGUCGGCUUGGGCUAACUGAUCCCUCCGGCUGCUUAAGGAAUGUUUCCCAUGGGGAAGUCCAGGUCUGUCUUUCUGUUACCCCAACUACAAAAGCCAUGUUUUGUCAUUUUAACUGGUGGGCUGAAAUUUCAUUCCGUUCUUGAUCCAUUUGGCUUCUUGCUCUUUAAAGUGCAAUGAGAGAGUCUGAAUUAUUAUUUUUGCUUCCAAUCACUAGCGCACAGAGCCUGUAGGGAACGCCACCGGCCUGAUCUCAGGAAGCCCUCUUACAGGGGUCCCCAAGCUCAAGCUCUCCAGCUGUGGCUGGACUACAGCUCCCAUCACCCCCAGCUGCAACUUAUUGUGGCUGGGGCUGAUGGGAGUUGUAGUCCAGCAACAGCUGGAGAGCUUGGCCACCCCACUCUAGUGACUGACUGCCUGAGGAGGAGGAGGAGGAGGAAGGGAGUGGCAGGCCAGCCUCAUCUGAGGACCCGACUCCGAGAACCCCUCGCCAAGAACAAACAAUACUUGGGGUGGGGACGGCUAAGGGCCAGUCGUGCCAGCGGGGAGCCGUGGACAGCCACGUGCAAUGAGGGUCUGCCCGCUCGACGUGGGAGCCCCUGCCAACCCAUUUCGGAUCACUCGGUGCCUCCUGUUUCAAUGUGGAGUUUGAAUGUAUUUGUGUCUAUUAAGCCAAGUUUCAAAUUUGCACUGUAAGAAGUCUCUGAGGUGGAAUUAAAGUUUUUAUUAUUUAUUUGA